AUGUCGCGAUGUCGGGAUUCCACAUGUCAGAAAAAUGAAAUGCCGAAGUCGUUGCAAGGGACCGAGGAUGCAGAGUUCGUCUGGAGUAUGAUAUUGGAGAGAUUUCCGAACGCUGCGCCACUCCUCUUUGAGAUGGAGGCGGUGGUCGAUCGCGCUGAAGAUCUUCUUCAGCAACUACGGGCACCUUGUCAACGCGAGAUCGAAACCUCCACCUCCUUUUGCACACCUGACUCAGAAGAUUCGACCAUACUAAUUUCCGCGAGGGAAUCGUCUACGGAGAACAAUGUAGGUAUUCAACACGUGAAUUCGAACGAUCCCAGUCAGAAUUCUGUUCUUCGAGAUCUAGAGGAUGACAGACAAUCGAACGACACGGUGCAAUGUUCGUCCGCUGAGAAAUACUCGACCGCUGAAGGAUCUGCUUCUUCAAAUGCUGACGCAUACGCCGAGCAAAGGGCAAAGGAGGCACGUAGUUUAGAGGAGUGGGAGAAAGUAGUGGAUCAUGCACUGAAGAAAUCGUCAGACGGUGAGAAAUCUUGCGUUAUUCUGCACCGGACAGAAUCACAGACCGACUUUGGUGACUCCACGGCCAAGAAUGUAUCGGACCAAGAUGCGAGGAGCCAAAAACCGGCUAGAACUAAAGAUGAUAAUGUAAAUGAUUCAUUAAAGGGUAACGGCGACGAGACUUCGACGAAAACCACGGAACAACGGACGCCGGUGCGUAUCCUCGAGGAAUACGCGAAACGCUGCAAGAUUCCGAUCGUGUAUCAGUGCAUAGAUGACGGACCUCGUCGCCGCAGGCCAAACGCACAUGUGAUACGCGGCAGUCUCGGCGGAUACGUCGCAACCGCUCGAGGCGAGAGCGAAGAGUCCGCUAAAAACAACCUAGCCACGACGAUACUGCGAAUGAUUUCGAAUCAGCAGAUGAAUGACGAGAAACCAUCCGCUCUCGUGGAUCUCUCGAAAGAGGAAAUCCUGGAAAUAAUCGGUCUCGGCGUGGAGAGCCCAAGAGAAACGGCACAGAGAAAACUGUACCAGACCUGUCUGGAGCAGGAUUCUCCACUUCCGACCUACACCGUCGAGAAAGUGAAAACAUUCAAGGGUUUGGCUUAUGUUGCUACCUGUUCCGCGUUAGGUUACACCACCGAAGGUCUGGGUGUAACGGAACGCGUCGCUAAAAAGUCAGCCGCGGACGAACUCUACCGACGUUACUGCGAGGAUCAGCGGUCAAUCUUGAAGGUAAAAGUC